AGGCCAAGAAACUCAAGUUCUUGGAUUCCAUCAGCAGCCUCAGAAGCCUGCCUGCUUUUAUGGACAAAGCCCUGCUAGUGGGGAAGAUAAAGGAGCUGAUUGAUCACGAGUCCGUCGACUCCCUGACCGGCGUGAUGCGUCAGCAAGCUAUGCUCGCCAUCAUGAAGCUGAGCAAAAUGAAGCUACCGGUGCGGAUCCUGACACAACCCAGCCUGCUCGCCACCUGCUUCUCCAGCAUCUUCUCCCUGCCUCCAGCACACACCAUGGAGGAGGUGGAGGCUGCUCUCUACACCAAAACUUUGAAAACCAUGGAUGAGAUGCUGAAGGCCUUGGUGUGCGAGGAUCAGGAGCCCAACCUUCUGGUGCUGCAAAUCAUCUUGAAGGUCCUGCUCCCCUGGACCACAUCCAGGGAGGUACAUGAGCGGCUGAGGGCAGUGGGAAGGAUCAGGUGGCUGAUGGAAUUCAUGGGGUCUCAGUGCAAAUUCCAGGAAGUGGAGGAGUUCAGAGUCCUGGGCCAGCUGGUGGGGUGUCUCACUCUGUGCUGUGUGGAGCAGGAGCAGGAGAUCUGGCAAUCGGCUGUGGAGGGACUUCACCACCUCUUCUCCUUCAUGCAGCUGCUAAAAUCCAAAAUGCUGGUGAAGCACGGCACAGAGUAUCGGCAGAUCCUCAAGGACAGUCAAACUGAGAGAGCCUUCUGGGUCACCAACAUCAGCAAUAUCACAUCGCUGUUUGGGAAGUACUUCAACCCUUCCGAGAGCAUGGACUUCCUCCUCGUUUCUAUCGACGGCGUGAGAGACUCCAGCGUCCAUGACGCAGUGACGGCCAGGAACAUGCUGCAUAUGAUCCUGGAGGUUCCCGGCCUAGGCUUGGUGAGGGUGUCAGAGGCUGUGAGGAGCAUUCAUGACCACCUGGACUCCAUCAGCGAGCCACUUGCCCGGCAGGAGCUGCUCAGGGCCCUUCUCCUGCUGGGUUCCCAGUUCAGCGAGGAGGUGGUCGGAACCCUGCUGGGCUGCUCACUGUCAUGUGACAGUGUUGCUGCGGAGAUGUGGAAGAUACUGACAUCCCAGCCCAAGAGCACAGAAAAGAUCCUUAGGGAGCUGGUCAGCAGGCUGCAGGGGCAGGCUCCACGACGGCAUCAGCUCUCUCAGAGACCGGCCGGCGUCGCCUCCUUGGCCGCCACAAGAGCCCUAUAUGUGAUCCUGCAGGAGCAGGCCUGCAGGCAGGAAGUGAAGGAGCUCUUCCCUCAGCUCUACGUCGCGCUGCUCUUCCAUGUCACCCACACAGUGCAGCACACUGCUUCGCAGGAGAGGGAGCAUAACCAGGAGGACACGGCCGCACCCCUCAGCCCUGUCAGGUUCGCGGUGAAGGCCAUGGAAGCUUUGCUUCUAUGCGCUGGCUACAAGGAGCAGGCCACCUUCAUGAUGAAGCAUGGCCGCUGGGACCUGCUCAUGAGCUCCGACACGCACCACAAAGGUGUCUGCCUGCUUGCCCGGGCCAUGGUUUCGCUCAAUGUCGAGGAGCGAAACUGGAUUUUCUACCAUCUGAUGGCCAUCCUCAACGAUCGGGACGAUAGGCGGUACGUCCCGGCCGUGGCGCUCUUCAUUCAGCUCCUCAAGUGCCCUGACCUUGGCAGCGAGCUGGAAGACGCCAUCGUGGAGGAGAUGAGCGGGCUGCUGAGAGACCCCAAGACCAUGGUGCGCUGGUUGGCGCUCAAAGGCCUCCUCAAUCUGGCCCUUCACCCAGAGAAGGUGGGGAAACUCCAGCAUCUGCUGCCAGAUGUCCUGGAGCGACUCCAGGAGGUAGACAGAGACCUCAUCUGCAAGGCCAUCGCCGUGCUGAAACACCUCCUCGCCGGCAUGGACAGGCAGAGCGCCAGCCGCGUGGCUGUGCAAGUGGCUGCGCAACUCCUGCCGUUGUUUCAUGAUGUAAGGCCUGGCAGCUCACAGGAGAUCCCAUCAAACUGCGGACAUGUGAGUGGGGGCUAGGGGGUGGGCUAGCAGGGCCUGUGCUAUGGUCCUAGCCAGAAAACGGAUUGUCAUAAAUCAUGAGCCCAUUCCCGCCUUCCUCUCACUCUCCAUGAGAGCACAUGGCAGAAAGGAUGGGAACCCUGGUGUCCCGCAGGCCUACUGACAAGGAUGAGGGCAGCCUGGGGACGAGGCUCCCCUUGGGGAAGGACGUGCAUUCCUGAGCCUGCAUGCAGCGAGGGGGCCUCUGCAGCACAGGGUGCUGCAAUGCUCUUGCUGGCUUCCAGGGUGACAAG